UCUGAGAAAACAAAGCAAUGAGGUGAAUGACAUGGGAGACAGACCCUGGGUCGUUUAGGGACAGAAAGCCUAAGCCAAAACCUGGACUAUCUGGGUCACCAAUCCUUGCCGGGUCACUAACCCUCCCCAUUAUGUACCCCCGAGUCCAGUCAACAAGUCUUCUCUAGGCAUCAGUCAGAAUCAAUACAAGCUGGAGGGGCCUGCGGCGCAACACAAAGAACAGUCCUCCCUUCCCCUCCUCCCUCACCCCCAAGUCUCCCCCCCUACUGUCCUCCCCAACCCCCGACUGACCAUGGCAUCAGAAGCAGAAGGAACCUUCCAGCGGUUUGCCGUCUUUGGAGAAUCGUCAAGCAGUGGCACUGAAAUGAACAACAAGAACUUCUCCAAGCUGUGCAAAGACUGUGGCAUCAUGGACGGCAAGACGGUCACCUCCACUGAUGUGGACAUCGUGUUCAGCAAAGUCAAGGCCAAGAAUGCCCGAACCAUCACAUUCCAGCAGUUCCAGGAGGCAAUGAAGGAACUGGGCCAGAAGCGGUUCAAGGGAAAGAGCCCGGAUGAAGCCCUGGAGAACAUUUAUAGACUCAUGGAGGGCAAGGACCCAGCUACCACCGGUGUUACUAAAGCAACGACAGUGGGAGGGGUGAGCCGGCUGACCGACACCAGCAAGUACACAGGCACCCACAAGGAGCGCUUUGACGAGAGCGGCAAGGGCAAGGGCAUCGCGGGCCGGGAAGACGUGACUGACAGCUCAGGCUAUGUGAGUGGCUACAAGGGUGCUGGCACCUAUGAUAAGAAGGGCAGCCGCUAGGGAGUAGCCUCGUGUGGGCCUGGCAGCCUUGGCCCUGCAUCUUUAACACCAGGGAGCUUGGGGAGCAAUAAACAUCUGUGUGUGCAGCA